CCACAGCAGGUGAACGAAGGGAGCGUUUCUCAUUGCAAAGCUGACAGCAGAAGCAGACGCCAUGAUUCGGGUUUCUAUCAUAGUCAGCGUUUUGCUGAUGCUAAGAGUCAAUGCAAAGCCCUUGAAUAAACCUUCAGAUGAACACUUGGAGCAAAGGGUUGUGUUCAUUGAUGACAAAGGGAAGUUGUCCUGGGGAGCAGAGGUUGAGCCUCCAGAGGACAUGGACAGGAUCGAGUAUGAGGUCGACCCUCGUAUGAGGAUCUGGAACAGCAUGAAGGCCAGCGGACAGGAGAAACACUACCUGGAGCCUGAGGAAGAUCUGGAUAAGAUUUACCAUCCUUCAACAGUCGAGCUACAAGCUCAGAUCAGAGAGCUUGGAUACAAAGCUGAAGAGAAGGAAGACGACCAGCAUUUGCCUGCACAGAUGGAGCAGGUAGUUUAUCUGCAGCCUGAGAAAGACAUGGAUGAUGUUUACCACAAAGAGCCCCUCUUACCCGCCCUUCAACGAGACGUGGCUGAAGCUGCUGCCCCUGUUGACAUUCCCUCUCAAAGAAAGUACACUGAGCCAGAGGAAGAUCUCGAUUAUCUUCACCAUAAAAGGUUUGACAUGCCAGUCCUUCAACAAAAGGUAGCUGAGGCUCCUGUCGACAUUCCCUCUCAGAGGAAGUACACCAAGCCAGAGGAAGAUCUGGAUGGACUGUACCACCAGUGAUCCAGGCUUAGCAUUUAUUUAAAACAUGUCAGAUGCAACACACAGACGCAUCUGUGUAAUUUGAUUCUACUAAACUGCUUUACACUAACAUACAUGGA